AUGUCUCUUGCACCUUCCACACCUCUGCUUUCCACCCAAUAUGCACUACCUACCAUCACACGACCUUCUGUAAAUUUUCCUCCAAACAUUUGGGGGAAUAUUUUCCUUCAGUAUGAUUCAGAGUCACUGGAAGUUAGUGACUAUGUGAAACAGCAAGCACAAAUGCUGAAAGAAAAGGUGAAAACAAUGUUUCAGUCAUCAACUAAUCAAGAUAUCAUACAAAUGCUAAAUUUUAUUGACUUGAUCCAACGUUUGGGUGUAUCCUACCAUUUUCAACAAGAAAUUAACCAAGUGCUGGAACAAAUCUACAACACUUAUAUGAAAAAUAACAUCAGUGAAGAUGAUAAUCAUUAUUCUGUUGCUCUGCGCUUCCGCUUGCUGAGACAACAAGGAUAUCCAAUUUCAUCAAAUGUAUUUGACAAAUUCAAGGAUGACCGAGGAAACUUCAAUGAAACACUUGCCAACGAUGUUCAAGGGUUGUGCAGUUUGUAUGAAGCAACACAGCUAAGAACUCACGGAGAUGAUAUACUCGAAGAAGCAUGCAACUUCUCAAAUUCUCAACUUAAGUCCUUCGCCAACCAACUAAGUUCUUCUCAAGCUGCACAAAUCAAUCACUGUUUAAGGAAACCUCUUGAUAAGAUUGUACCUAGGUUUGAUGCGAGGUAUCACAUGACUCUUUAUGGACAAGAUCCUUCUCAUGACAAGACACUUCUGUCAUUUGCAAAAGUGGAUUUCAAUAUUCUUCAAAAAUUGCAUCAAAAGGAAAUUAUCACAAUCAACAAGUGGUGGAAAAACUCAAACUUUGAGAUAAAGGUCCCUUACGCUAGAGAUAGGUUGGUUGAGUCCUUCCUUUGGUCAUUGGCCAUAUCCUACAAACCUGAAUACAGCCAUGGAAGAAUGUUUGUGGGAAAGUUGAUAGGCGUUGUAUGUCUUCUAGACGAUACUUACGAUGCUUAUGGCACUGUUGAAGAACUUGAACUUUUCACUGAAGCAAUUAAAAGAUGGAAUAUUAGUCCCAUUGAAUCUCUUCCACAGUGCAUGAAGGAAGUAUUUCAUUCAGUUCUAGAAUUGUCUGAUGAAAUAGAGUUGGCGACAACGGCCAGUGGAAAAUCAAGCUUUGUGGUGCCACAUUUUAGAAAAGCUGUUUUUAACUUAGUAAAUGGCUACAUGGUUGAAGCAAAGUGGUGCCAUGAGGGCUACAUUCCAAAAUAUGAUGAAUACAAAGUUAACGGAAUUUUCACUUCUUGUUUCCCCCUUUUCAUCACAGCGUUUAUUGCCUUUGGAGAAUUUGCAACAGAAGAAAUAUUCGAUUGGAUUUCUAGUGAUCCAAAUAUCGUUAAAGCUGUGUCAAUUAUUGGCAGAGUGUUGGAUGACAUGGCUUCACAUAAGUUUGAACAGCAAAGAGUGCAUGUUGCCUCAUCAGUUGAAUGUUGCAUGAAGCAACACGGCAUUUCUGAAGCAGAGGCCUAUCACUUCAUUCACAAAGAUGUGAAAGACUGCUGGAAGGUUGUAAAUGAAGAGUUUCUUAAGUCACAAGAUAUCUCAAAGUCUGUGUUUGAAUUCGUAGUUAAUUUGGGACGUGUGUCUGAGCUUACAUAUGAAAAUCAUCAGGAUAAAUAUACACAUGCAGAAUUACUGAAAGAUUAUAUCUCUUUGUUGCUUCUGGAUCCAAUUUCCCUUGAUCAAGAUGAGUAA